UCUUCACCCCGAGCCUCAGACCCAUUUAGGCCAAUAUUUUGCAUGAAAAGAGUGUUUUUAAGCAAUUUUGAGAAAUUUAAGGGGGUAAAAAGCCAUUUAAGGGAUAUUAAAGCGACAUUUUUAGGCUUAGGAGUCCUUUUCAAAGGCGUAAAAGCCCAAUAGGGAGGCCCCAACCCCAAUCCCUCUCCCAAACAGAUAAAGAUUAAAAUCUUUGUUAAUUUAUACUUUCUUCAUGCGAAUAUAUGUACCAUCUUGUUUAUUUAAUUUUUUGUAACUUCAAUAACAUUAUCAUAAAUGAAUCUUGAUAAAUUUGGAAAGCGCCCAACUCGGGAGUUUUUAAAUCGCUCAUCUUUUCUUAAAAUUGAAAGCCAAGGGUGUGUUCUGAACCAUAAAAACCCUAAAAACAUCCUGAUAGUACUUUGCAAAUUUUUAUCCUUACAUUUUGGAAGUUUCACCCAGACCAUGUGCUCUUUCGGUUUGUUCUUGAUAUGUAGAUGUUUGCUUUAUUUCUAAUUCCUAUUUUGUUUUUUUUUUAGGGAGGAGAUUUACUUUCCGAUGGAAGAGUACCUAUGCCAUCGUGGAUGUUUCUCCCUGGUUCAAAUUCAAAGGUAAGGAUCUCAAAAACCAUAUUCAGUGUAUUUGAUUUACUUAAAUCAAGUACAUGUUGUGAUUUAUUAAUGACAAAGCUCUAAGCUUUAAAAGGGUAAUGACAGGUACUAGUUUGCUUUAUUUAAUAGUUAGUUAAAUUUUAAGUCCAUGAGGAAAAUAGGUAAUGAAUUAAUCAAAUUCAUGAAUUUCAUACACACUUUUUUUUAAAAGAAGUGUGGAUGGCAGCACCUAUGUUUUGACAUUCAGCAAAAUCAACAGAUUUAGGCGUAGCCAAGGCACUAUAAAAACUCUUCGGAAAAUAUUAGGCUUCUUUGGUGCACACGCAUUUUUUGAUGAAAAAUCCAUGAAGAGAAGGUGUAAAGCUGCUCCUUGUAACUGUGGGUGAUUCAUUAGGUAUAUAGUUAAUCUAUUUAUUUAUUUUUUUAUUUGUGACCGUACACGAGAAAACGGACCUUAGUCCACGGGGGAAAAUUUUUCAGGAGAGCAAUUUUUGUUGAGUUGGGUCUAAAAAUCUGGAUUUAGGUUUUUGAUGGAAAACAAUCCCCAACAUCCCAAAGAAUGAGUUAAAAGUGGUUUUAUUCAUUUUUGUGACAAGGAAUAUCCUGAGAGAGUAUGAAAGAGUUACUCACUCUGCAUGUUCACCAAGUAAUUUCAAAACUUUAAAUAGCUUUUUCUCGAAACUACGUUUUUCUUGCACCGCCAACUUCUAAAUUUCAUGACUCCGGUUUGGUUCAACUUUUUUGGGCGUUCUUUGGCCUAAAAUGCUCCUAGAACCCCCCUCUAUCCAGUGGUGGCAAAAAAUCAAUUUUGAGUUUGGGUGAACUAAGGUACCUCUUCCGUGGACGGUCACAUUUAAUCAUACUUUUUUUCGUGAUUUUUUUGUUUGGGGUUGACAUCAUCUCCUGGUGUCAAGCUGAUGUCAGCAUGAAGCACCGUGUCUGUCGUCUGACACUUCUUGGACCCUGUAUUAAGUGCUAACACGGAGCUUGACAUUGGGAGUUGAAAUUGACCCUUAGCGGAAGGAUUACGUAAGGGCAUGCUUCGUCCCCCUUCAAGGCUCUACAGACAAGCUCAGUCCUUCUCCCUCCCUUUAAAGUGUGUCAUGUAAUAAUUGAAUGGCUCUUAAAGUUAUUGCAGCCAAAACAAGUGAGGCCUUGUUUGUUACUUCUGAGUAGCAGUGGAGAGGGAACUGAAAGGUUCAGUCUCUCCUUCCCUCCCCCGAGCCCAAUGAAAAGGGAAAGAAGAGGAGAGGAGAAAGAGGGAGAGAGAAAAGAGGAAAAUUGGAUGGGAAAAAUGAAAAAAUAUAUUUUUUGAUGGAAAAACAACAACACUAGAAAUUAACAGUUUUUGAGUCCAAGUUCCAAAAAUUUUGUAAUAUGGUCCCAUAGAUUUUCCACAGCAGUUUCAAGCAUGACUAUUUCUGGGAGUCUCUGCUGUUUACCUAUGCAACAAGCUUCAACAUAGUGUUUCUAUUGGAACAAAUACGGUAUAGAGGCUCAAUUUUUAUACUUCUUGGGUGAAAUUUUAAAUUUUUCUCUUAGAAAUUAACCAGAAUUCAGGGUUUUCUGAGCACCAGCUUCUAGAACAUUCUCUGUAGAAAUGGCUCCAAAUUGCAUCCAAAAGGCGAAUAAAAUUUUCAACAUUUUGCAAGGGAGACCUCCCGAAUCCACCCGCUUGACCCAGGAGUAUGAAAACCUCCCCCCCCUCUCCUCCUCAGAGCAAAAUCCUGCACAAGCCACAGUUGGGUAGGCUUACGUAUCUUAUUCCAAACUUCCAUUCUACGUAAAAUGAAAUCUUUAUUUUUAUUAUUUUUGUUUUGUUUUCAGAAGUGUAGAAAUUUAUCUAACCUUCGAGCCACGACGGCUCCUCGUCACUGUGCACCGAGGUUAUACACAUUUAAAGCAAUCCUGCUGGCGCAAAGAAAUAAGCGUACCAAACUAAGCCGAGAAGAAGAAAGGUUUUAUGACAGUUGAGGACUGAUUUUAGACGUAAUACACUUAAACAAAGUUUGGACGGAGUCCCAAGUCCUGGACCAUUUAGAAAAUGAAUUUCGAAAUCAACUAGAAGGAUGCAGCAUAGUAGACAUUCUGCAGCCUGGCAGUGUGGGACAACUUAGACGUGUUCAUGUUGGAAGUGGGAUAGAACUGACGGCAGCAAAUUUGUAUUCAACUUUGAAACAGAAAUUAAUGUAUUUAGUGCCAAAUGAGGAUCUUUUUCCUGAAGAAGCUCCGGAAGAAGAACGUACACGAGAUUAUGACUCCUCAGCCUCUGAAGAAUUCCAGUCGGAAAGUUCUCCUGAACGAUCAAAAUCUGUACGCUCAACAUCUCCUGUAGGAACAACAUCUCCUGAAAGAUCCGUCUCACCUGAACGAUCACCCAAACAAUCAGCUUCUGGAGAAGGGCAACGAGCGCCGCAAUCACCGCCACGACCAGUCUUACCUCCAUCUGUUGAAGCUGCAACUACCCUGAGAGAAGUCCUUGAUGGGUUAGCCAGUCAGAUAAAUUCAGAAGAUAAGUUCCAAGUGAUGGUCAGUAGAGAUGAAGGUGUGUUCAAAGUAGUCGGCUCUUCCGCGGCAGACUAUUUCCUUCCUCACCACAAAGCAGACUUUCACAAAAAGUUACAAAUAACUUUUGACUCGGAACUCGGACAAGAUGGAGGGGGGUUAACUAGGGAAUUUUUUCAAUUAGCCGUUAAUGAAAUUAAAAAAUCUUCCCUCUUCUUGGGAAAGGAUAAAGAAAAAAUCAUCAGAAAUAAUACAAUGGCGGAACUAUACAGCAAAUUUUUCAGCGCAGGUGCCAUAAUGGGAAUGGCUUUAUUAUAUGGAUGUUCCUUCCCAGACUACCUCUGCCCGACUCUGACCGAGAGAAUUUUAACUGGAACCGUUACAACACCAACCAUUUAUCAAAUACAGAGUGAACAGCUGCGCAAAGAGCUAACUUGCCUAAAGGCAGCAGGGACAACGGAAGCUGCAAAGAAAGUGAUGAUGGAGUCCGAGAUACUGAUUUCGAAUGGGUACAGCGAGGACUCCUUUCAAGACCUGAGGGGUCGAGACACAAUGAUCGAUGGGAUUCUUCAUCAUCAUUGCAUAAAUAAAGUCGAAGAUGCGACAAAUCAAUUCCUCGAUGGGUUGGCAGUGCUGAGUGUACUACCAGCUACGCGCCUCCAUCCCGGCCUGUUCAGACCGUUGCUUUCUAACAACGUACAGAAAUUGAAUGUGAACAGCUUUUUACAAAUUUUUAAUGUUCAGCGGUCAGCCAUGGGGUCCAUCCCGUUCACAGUUGAGGAAAGGAUUUGGCGGCGCUUCAUUGAAACUCUUCAAAAGAUCGAAAAUGUUGAAACUUCCAUAGAAUUAGAGGAUAUUCUUGUCUUCUGUACUGGACUAGAAAAGGAGCCUCCAUUUGGAUUCCCUAGUCGACCUGAGAUCCUUUUUAAUCAUAGAAAUCCUGCUCAAAAUUACCCGGAAGCUGGGGACUGCAACAUGACUCUCACCUUACCAAUUAAGUACAAAGAACCCACUCAACUUGACAUGUUUUUGGGACAAUUCAUUUACGGGAUCACUGAAGGACGUCCUUAUGGGGUUGCCUAAGGACGUUUCUUCAGUGAUUCUAUAGAGGGGAACUGGUUAUGGGUGGAUCACUUUUUCUCUUGAAGGAGCUCCAAAAACCAUAAAUUAAAAAGAAAAAAUUUGAUCCAAAAGACCGAUAAAGGUUUUUUGAUCAUAAGAAAAACUUGAAAGUGUAAGAACCGUCCAAAAGAACGUGGUGCAGUAAUGAUAAAAAGUCUCCCCCUGGAUUUCCUUGAAACUUUUGUUUUUGAUUACGCAUAUUAGGAUUCGUCUUUAUCAGUUUCAAGUCCCCCAAAUAGUCAGUGGAAGCCUAAAGCAGGGGGAGUAAUGUUUGUGGCUCAUUUUCAGUCGCUCAUUUCUCCUUAAGUAAACAGUUCUCAGAAAUCUACAACCAUUUUUGUUCACUCACUAUUUGACGGAAAAUUUUAAAAACAGGUUCUUAACAGCAUCAGGGGAGAGGUAUUUUGUUAAUAAAUCUUUUUGCAUUUUACCUCAUUUUUAACAACUCAUUAAACCUAGAAAAAACGGGAUGGAAAAUACAACAUGCAUUUUUCCUCUGAAUUAUCUUUUUGAUAAUAUUUUUAAAGGAUUUUUCAUGCAAAAUUUAACUCUCCAUCUUUAUCUGUAUUAAAGACAUUACAUUUAUAAGGUUUCAGCCCCCCCCCCUCCCCCAUGCCUCAGGCUCCCCCUAAUGUUUCGAGGGACCUUGAACUUUGGAUAAAGAGGUACCCUAAUAUGCGCAGUAAAAAAUGAAAGUUUCAAGGAAAUCCAGAAAGGGGACUUUUUGGUGUUUUUGCAGCACAUUUUUUUAUAGGUAUAUAAGUGGUAGAAAACACCAAAUUCAAUAAACCACAAACAUAAAUAGUUUAUAGUUAAUAGUAUAUUUAGAAGGCCUAAAGAGUAGUACAAAAUAUUUGCCAUUGGACAAAAUCAUCUGUAGAACAUGAGUUUUGAAAGCAAUAUAUGGUGAAAUGGAGCAUAAAAAUGGUUUCUUGUGAAGGAUUUUAGGCCUUCAAAUGUAUUGCUUGUGAUGUGCUGAAAAUGGUGCUUUUUCGUAGAAAAGUAUUUCUUAUUCAUGAGAACACCUGUUAUAUUUUAUACUUUACCACUACUGACUCAAGUUUUCAUUAGUUUUCACUGAGCUUGAGAACAUAAUUUUAUAAACUUUCAUACCUGUUUUUUGCACUCAGAUAGUGCUGAGAAAAAGCUUCUUCUGCUAUUUCUACUGUUGAGUUUUUCAGGUAAGUCUAAAUUUUAUGUCGAGAAUAAAUUUUUUCAACGUGAGAUUGAAUCAUAUUUGAAGCAUCACAGCUGUGGGUCAAAUUAAGGUUGUUCAUGUCCAGAAUAAUGUCGCUUUUAGUCAGAUCUCCCUCAAGUGACCAGUUCUCUCUUUUUACGUUUUCAUCUUCAGUUUAAAACUCUCGGUCCAAUUGUCUCUUCCCCGAAGGAAAACA